UGUCUUGGCAAAAUCACGGCGACUGAUUUUUACUCUGCCCAUCUGGCAACACUAUUAAAAAGUUCUCGGAGGCGCCAAUGUCUGUUCUCGAUUUGGGGGAUGGGCGACAAGGAGAUGACCAGCGGAGGGCGCUAAAGACAUAUUUUAAACAUUUUAAUAGGUCAGAGGUCUUUCGUCCAACGUUAUCAAAUUUGCACUUUUUGAAAUGAAAACAAGCAAUACAGUUAUUGUUUCGUCUUUGUCAUCUGCAGGAGAGGAUGUGGGAUCAGAUUGCUUCGUUCGAGUCAGAAAGCGUGACUUGGAGAAAUUGGAGGCAGAAGUCAGAACACUACGAGAGUUUAUGCCAAAAGUAAUCAAUAGUGACUUUAUUGAAACUAUUCAAAAAGGACGGUCUCUGGACGCAUUUAAAGAGCGCAGUGAACGUGAGCAGCAGCAACAGAGAGACGAUUGUCUGCACAUCCGCUCCAGACUAGAAGCUGCACUCAGCGACUGUCAAAGAGAGAGACAGGAGAAGCUGGUUCUAAAGCAGCAGUUAUGGGAGUGCAGAGAGCAGCUGCAACAACAGAAAGACUUUUGUACUGAGUUGGGCGCUGCAUCUUGCACCCUGCUCUGGAGUGCAUCCCAAAGGGAGGAAGCGAUCAGAGACAUAUUGACUGAUGGUAAACUGGAGCCCUUCCUGAGCAUAGCAGGUCAAACCUUGGAGUCUUUCAUCAAGUCUCUGGAUGAAGAUGCAAAGCCACAACAGAGUUACAACUCACAUGAGCAUCACUUCGUUCUGGCGCUGGCUGGUGUUGUUACCAAUGUAGCUGCUGUAUCUUGUGGACGAGACUUCCUAUCCUCUUCUGCCCACAUCAUGUUGGGUACUCUGAUGCGGCUACUGGGACUAAUGAAACCAGGAGUAUUUCCAAAACUCAAAGUAUUGAUGCUAAUGGCUUUAUAUAACAUCACUAUCAGUGUGAACGGACUGAAGCUUAUAAGUGAGAGUCCUGGACUUCUACCUCUUCUGUGCACCCUUCUGGAAGACCCUGACCCAGAAGUGUGUCUGCAGUCAUUGAGGCUCCUACAGUCUUUACUGCUAGAGAGAGACAUCAUGUCACACGUGAACACUGAUUUUCUCAGCUCUUUCCCACUCAAUCGUAUCCACCAUCUAGCUUCAAGCUGCCACCCCGCUCUCAAACAAACAGCCCAGGAAACACUUGAAGAUCUGGCUAGCUUUACCAACACCCAGACUAAAGUCACAGAGAAGGAGCAGUGAAGCCCAGGCUUUCAUACUUCCUUAAAUAUUGAGAGGUCUAGGUUUAAUCUAGGUCCAGCAAACCACAUAUUAGUUCUAGUUCUGAUACUUUGCAAUGUUCUAGGCAUAAUCAUCUAAAGAAACCUAAGAAGACAGUUCCAAACGAAGCUGAAGCAAGUGUUAAACUUUUUUGUAUACAAAGAAUUAUUUUUCAUUUGACAGUUUAGUUUAGUUUUUACCCAAGAGAUGUGUAAAAAAAUACUUCUACUUCUUUUUUGUGAUAUAAAUGCUGACCACCACUAUAGAUAGAUGUGCCACAUGCUUGCAUACUCUUUGUGCCCUUUACAUCACUUUGAUUUGAUGAUAAUUUCAUUCAGUGUAUAAUGUGUGCUGCCCUUUCUAGCACCAUCAGCCAUCUCUGUUGUCCAGCAUAUGUGGAAUUAUAAAUUUAGUAUCACUGCUAGGACAGCAGCAGAAUAAUCAGCAGACAGGGGUCAGAUGUCACAGAACCAAUUUAAGUAUAGCCCUUUGGAAGUCAGCAGCAAUAAUGUUAGACAUAAUUGUGCCCAGUGUAUCUAAAAAGUUAAAUGCAGAGCUUUUUAAGGUUGCACUUUAGGUUGAAUUUUCCCCCCAAUGUUUGACAAAUAGAAUGUUCUAGUUGAGUUAUUGUUUUGAUUGUGGUCUUUCUCCUUUUCCCCCUUACUGUUCAUCUGUAUAUUUAUUUUGCAAAAAUAUGUUUCAGGUUAUACAAUUAAAAGAUUUUAGAAGGUU